GAGAUCGAGCUCGACGACAUCGAGCUCGGCGCGUUGCUCGGCCGGGGCGCGUACGGCACCGUGCACCGCGGGUCGUGGCAAGCAGAAGCAGAAGUCGUCGCCGUGAAGACGCUGCACGCGGUCGCGGGCGCGUCGGAGAGGGAGCUGCGUACGUUCGCGCGCGAGGUGGCGGUGUUGUCGCGGCUGAGCCAUCCGUGCGUCGUUCGGCUGCUGGGCGCGUGCACGCGACCGCCGAGGGUGUGCAUCGUCGAGGAGCUCAUGCGCGGCGGGUCGCUGUACGACCGCAUACACGGCCACGGCGGGGGCGGCGGCGGCGGAGGAAGCGACGGACGACGACUGACGUUCGUCGAGACGAUGCGCGUCGCGUCGGACGUCGCCGCGGCGAUGUCGUACCUCGCGCGCGAGAAGGUCGUGCACCGAGACUUGAAGUCGCACAACCGCGGGGACGGUCCCGAACGCGGGGUGUGGGCGAAAGUCGCGGACUUUGGCAUCGCGCGCGCGAAGGGUCACACGAUGCUGCAGACGACGCGUGGCGCCACCGCGAACGGAAAAGGCGACGCGGGCACGCCCGCGUACAUGGCCCCCGAGCUCUUCCGCGGGGAUAAAUGCGACGAGAAAUGCGACGUGUACAGCUUUGGCGUCGUGUUGUGGGAGUGCGUCACCGGGAGAGCGCCGUGGGCGUGGUUGUCGAACCAGAUGCAGAUCAUCUUCGCCGUCGCCGUCGAGGGACGGCGGCUUCCGAUGCGCGAAGGGGAGUGCCUCGCCAGCGAGUUGACGUCGCUGAUGUUCGAGUGCUGGCGCGAGGAGCCGCGCGAGCGCCCGGCGUUUAGUCACAUAGAGGAGCGCGUCGCGGCGAUG